AUGUCAACAUUCCCUCUCCACCCUAAACUCCGAACCGUUGGCGCAACCGAAUGCAGUUGGUGCAAAGCCGUUCCUGGUGGCACGGGCAUCGCUGUCCUCGCACUCCUAACCUCCAAACCCCCACACAUUCAUUUUCUCCAAACCUCUCUGCAAAAACUCCAAACCUCCCACCCGAUCCUCAGGUCCAGACUCCAACACAACCCCAACGCUAACACCUUCUCCUUCCUCACCUCUCCCACCCCUUUCAUCAACAUAGCUUCUCACACCCUCGGCUCUCUCCCUCACUCAACCGACCCUCUUCAACAAAUCCUCGAACUCGAACUCAACCGCAACACGUGGCACGAUCCUACCCGUUCCACUUCUCAUGACGUGUUCUUCGCUACAGUCUACGCCAUCCCUGACGUCGCCAAGUGGGUCGUGGCCAUGCGCCUCCACGUGGCCGCGUGUGACCGCACCACCGCGGUGUCGCUGCUCAGGGAACUGCUUGUCUUGAUGGAAGAGAGUGGCACGGGUGCAGAGAGUAAAGAAGAGCCUGGUUUGCCCAUAGAGGAUCUUGUGCCACGUGCCAAGGCCAAGAAGGGUGUGUUAGCCCGUGGUCUCGACGUUCUUGGUUACUCCGUGAACUCCCUCAGGUUGACCAAUUUGAAGUUCGUUGACCCCAAAGGAACCAGGUUUUCCCAAGUUGUGAGGUUGCAACUUAACCAAAAUGACACCAAGGGACUUCUAGCUGGUUGCAAGUGGAAUGGGAUUAAACUAUGUGGGGCACUGGUGGCAGCAGGACUCAUCGCUGCCCAUUGUUCCAAACGUAGCUCCAGGAAGUAUGGGGUAGUCACCCUCACUGAUUGCAGAUCCAGUCUUGAAUCUCCUCUCUCUGACAAUUUUGGAUUUUACCAUUCUGCCAUUCUGAAUUCCCACGAAAUCAAAGGAGGAGAAACCCUAUGGGAGUUAGCAAAAAGAGCAUAUGGAGCAUUUGCAAACUCAAAGAAAAGCAACAAACAGUUUUCGGACAUGGGUGAUCUCAACUUUCUGAUGUGCAAGGCCAUAGAGAACCCGAGUUUGACCCCAUCUUCUUCGUUGAGAACUUCGAUAAUGUCCGUGUUCGAGGACACGGUCGUGGAGAACGGUAGCAAGAAGCAAAGAGAGGUUGGAGUAGAUGACUACAUGGGGUGUGCUUCUGUUCAUGGGGUGGGACCCUCUAUUGCCAUUUUUGACACCAUAAGAGAUGGAUGCUUGGAUUGUGUGUGCGUGUACCCUGCCCCAUUACACUCCCGAGAACAGAUGCAUGAGCUUUUUGGUAAGAUGAAGACUAUCCUUAUUGAAGGUGCAAAGACGUACAAAGAAUAA